CCGCCACUGCCGCCGCCUCGGGCGACACGCUGCGAAGUUUUGCGGAGAGGCGCCGCUCCGCGAUGUGUGCUCCUAAGAAGAGUAUUGACCAUGAGGAAGCCAACAUAUUAGUCAGUUUUUACUAAUCCCACUGAAGAAAAUGAAGCCACCUUUCAGCUUUGCCGGCCCUUUUCCCACCACUGUUGGCUGAAUGAGAAAUGGUCGUGUGAUUAUGCUGACACCCCAGCAUGCAUUUGGUAGACCUGUGGUUGACUCGUUCCCUCUCCAUGUGUCUGCUCUUACAAAGUUUUGUCCUCAUGAUACUGUGCUUUCAUUCUGCCAGUAUGUGCCCGAAAGGUUGCCUCUGCUCUCACUCGGGAGGUCUGAAUGUCAGCUGUAGCAAUGCCAACCUCAAGGAGAUACCCAGAGAUCUUCCUCCAGAAACAGUCUUACUCUAUUUGGACUCCAAUCAGAUAACAUCUAUCCCCAACGAAAUUUUUAAGGACUUGCACCAGCUGAGAGUCCUCAAUCUCUCAAAAAACGGGAUCGAGUUUAUAGACGAACAUGCCUUCAAAGGGGUGGCAGAAACCUUGCAGACUCUGGAUUUGUCUGACAACCGGAUUCAAAGCGUGCACAAAAAUGCUUUCAACAACCUAAAGGCCAGAGCCAGAAUCGCCAACAACCCCUGGCACUGUGACUGCACGCUGCAGCAGGUGCUGAGGAGCAUGGCCUCCAACCACGAGACGGCCAACAACGUCAUCUGCAAGACUUCUGUGCUUGAUGAGCACGCUGGGAGACCAUUCCUCAACGCUGCCAAUGAUGCUGACCUCUGCAACCUUCCUAAAAAGACUACUGACUACGCCAUGCUGGUCACCAUGUUUGGCUGGUUCACCAUGGUGAUCUCAUACGUGGUUUAUUACGUCCGGCAAAACCAGGAGGAUGCAAGGAGGCACCUUGAGUACUUGAAAUCCCUGCCAAGCAGGCAAAAGAAACCAGAUGAAGCUGAUGACAUUAGCACUGUGGUAUAGUAUUCUGAAUACAAUGACUGCCUUCGUGACAGAAACCAGAUUUGGAUGACAUUAAAACCAGAGGUUUACUUCUAACAUUCAUUGUAAACAUUAAGACUUUUGUUGUGGUUUUUUGGUUUUUGGUUUUUUUUUUUCUGUUUAACUGAAUUUCGCCACUGUUGAGCUUUCUGAGAGAAAAGAAACCUGCUGUCCAGGUGGUAUACUUCAGUUGUUUCUCUGGUGGUAUCCUAAAACAAGUGAAUUAAUAUGUAAACGUUAGUUUAGACCCAUUCCGCUAUUUAAUAACGAAAUUUAUUUUUUUAAUUUAAAAACCAAAUAAAAGCUUAAAUUUGAACCAUGUAAA